AACGAUCGUGAGUUCCAAGAGCGUGAGGGACUUAAAUGAGUCGUGAGAGCUGAGACAGAGGAGUUAAUCAGACGAUCAGGCGAUCGUAGGGAUAAAUUGCAUGGGAGAACAGCGGAGGAGUUGAAAGAGUUGCAUGCGAGGUGUUGAUCGUCGGCAGUCGAGAGAAUAAUAUUAUCGAACGGAGUGUCUUAUGAUUACUUCCAGUGCGAGCGAACCGGUUGAAGAUUGCCAAAUAAUAAAAAAAAUCGGAGAGAACCACGUGCUACUGGCCGUCCAAAUACCAUCACCGCCAGAGAGAGAUCCCGAGAAAGCUGCAUCGAUAUCUCUGAAUGGUCAUAAGCUCACAGCUCAUCGAAAUCAAUUGAAGAUGAUUCACCAACAGCGUGGUCAGUCAAAAGUGUUCAUAACCAUGGGCAUGAAAGAAUCCGAGAAGCUUGCCAGAAGUAUUUCGGAAGAUGACGACCUCCUAGGGUUGCCGGAUGUUCCUAUGAUACCAGAAAAUAUCCAAUCGGAGAAAAAGCAUCAUGUGUUGAUACGUAGUCCUGUUAUGACGAGAUCGAAGGCCGCAUCAACCAACUGAAGCAGUUAAACAUAUAAAAUUAAUAAUCAAACAAAGUCGUAAUACGAUGUCGAAGUUUAUUGAAAUUUUCCUGAUAUAUUUUAAAGAAUAAUUCUUGAUGAAUUCAUCUAAA